AUGGGUUCAUGUGUAUCAGUUCACAAGGCCGCUGGGACGCCAGAGUCCGCCAUGAAAAUGGGUGUUUCGUUUGGAAGUUCCAAAGGGGACAAGCUCGAGAAGCUCGUCGUCCUCCCUGAAUCCCCUGUCAAGGAAAAGCUCGUCGCUUCCGCCGUAACCGUCGAUGACCUUCCAAUCAAGCGCUUCCACAGCUACGGCAGUAAAGAGGAUACAUUCUUUGAUUCCCAGCCCUGGUUGGAAUCUGAUGGUGAAGAUGAUUUCCACAGUGUCAGGGGCGAUUUCACGCCGUCUCGUGGGAGCACUCCAGUUCAUCACAGUUUUGCAAUGGGAACCCCUCAAAGUAACAAACCGGUGCUCGAGGUGACACCUCCUGAACAUUCAAUACCCGAGCCAACCCCUCAAAGGAACAAACCGGUGCUCAAGGUGACACCUCCUGAUCAUUCAAUACCCGAGCCAUCCCCUACAGGAAAGAAGAAGAAGAGACUUUCUGAACUUUUCCAAGACAGCAUGAGGGAGCGCAGCACAGAAGACAAUGUAUCCCCUACCAAAUCUGCUGAGGACACACCAUAUGUCUCCGGUGUCAACUCUGUCUGCAGCAGUGAGAGGACUCCCAAUGGGAAAGCUAUAGUGGAAGAGAAAUGGUUUAACAAGUCGAUGCAAGGUUGCCUCCCAAGCUUGGUCUCCUGCCAUAGUUUUAGUUAUAGGAAGAAGAAGAUGAUGAGCCCCCCAGCAGCUGUGGCAGUAAAUGGUGUAGCUUAA